GCCAUAGCAAAUAAUUUUCACCAAUGACCAUCGGUUUCUGGCUACUUAGCUCGUCAUCGGUAUCCACCCUCAUCCAACCCUCAUCCAAGAUUACUUUACUACUCCCCUCAUCUUCCCUCAUCAAUUGUGAUUGGUCAAAACUGAGUUUUUCGCUGACUGAAAAGUAUGGGAGCAGAAACUAAAAGCAGUACCAGUACUGGAACUAGCCAGGAGAUGGUCACAUCACCAGCGAGUCGCCGUGGGGCGCUCAUCGUCCUGGAAGGCAUAGACAAGGCCGGCAAAUCCACCCAGGCGCGCCGCCUGGUGGAGUCCCUCUCUGCGCGCGGCACGCCCGCCCAGCUGAUGCGUUUCCCAGAGCGGAGCACGCCAAUCGGCGGCCUCAUCCACUCGUACCUCUCCGGCGGCGACUGCGGCACCGUCGACGACCGCGUGGUCCAUCAGCUGUUCGCCGCCAACCGGUCCGAGCUACUGCCGCGCAUGCGCGAGCUGCUGAGCGCCGGCGUCAGUCUGGUGGUGGAUCGAUACGCCUUCUCGGGCGUGGCCUACUCGGCGGCCAAGCCGGGCCUGUCGCUGCACUGGUGCCGCCAGCCGGACGUGGGCCUGCUUCGGCCCGAUCUGGUACUCUAUCUCCACCUGGCGCCCCAGGAGGCGGCUCGCCGAGCCGGCUUCGGAGAGGAGCGCUACGAGACGCUCGACUUUCAGACGCGAGUGGCGGCCAACUACGAGCAGCUGUGGGCGCCCUACUGGCGGCGCGUGGAUGCGGCACGCGCUCCGGACACUGUGUUCGAGGAGCUGCUCGCGCUGGCAGAACAGUGUGUGGCCUCAGAGCGGUCCGCAGAACCUCAGCCACUCUGGGAGGGGGAUGAGGCUGAUACCAAGGUGUAGUGAGCUAGUUCAUAAUGAACUGCGCCAGUGUCUUCCACAAUAAGUAUGCUAACGAGUAACGACUGAGUGCAGUUCUUGUCAAAACGACAGGAUGCCUGU